AUGCAGUUCCUCGUCGUGAUCGCCGCCGUCAGUGCGUUGGUGGGAGUGUGCUCCGCCGAUGGCUACGGAAAGCCCGUCUACCCCUCGCACCCGGUCUCGCACGCGUACGCCGCGAAGGCCCCGCACGUGAAGUGUGGCUCGAACCUGCUGGUCGGCUGCGCCCCGCACGUCGCCCACGUGCCCUGCCACCCGUCGCACGGAGGAUACCACCACGCACCGGCCCCGGCCUACCAUGCGCCGGCCCCGGCUUACCACGCACCGGCCAAGAAGGAGUACCACGCUCCGGCUCCAGCUUACCACGCACCGGCCCCCGCUUACCAUGCGCCGGCCCCCGCUUACCAUGCGCCGGCCCCCGCUUACCACGCGCCUGCCGCCCACGGAUACGAGGCCCCGAAGAAGGAGGCCCACUACGAGGCCCCGAAGAAGGAGUACGGACACAGCCACGGUGGAUACGAGGCGCCGAAGAAGGAGUACGGACACGGUCACGGAUACGAGGCACCGAAGCCGGCGGCCCACGGAUACGGCGGCUACGGCAAGCGGUCCAGCGACUUUGAGGGUGCCGCCGAGAUGGAGGACUAA